AUGUUUGGUAAAGAUGUCAUUUGGGCUGCUGAAAAUUUAGAGGUAGUCUAUGAAUUGAUUUGUAAGUUUUGGUCAAAAGAAGAUUAUAAAUUUAACCCUCAAUUCAUUCAACUUCAACAACAACAAUCAAGAUCUCAAUCUCAUCAUUCUUUACCUCAAUUCCAUUCGUUUCAUUCGUCUUCUGCUUUGAAUCUCAAUCCUCAUUUACAUUCAUCUCCCAUUCAACUUUCUUCAAGCGAGAAUGGACUUGAAGAUCCUACAGCAAAACCAAAGAAAAGAGUCUUCAAAUUCAGUCAUCAAGUUUCUGAUGGUCCACCUGAUAUCGUCUCAAAGGCCGUGCAAAGCGGACCGAUACAUUCAACUAAUUUAGCCCGUGAAGGACUCUCUUGUGUAACUCUGCAACACGCGUCUUCAAAUCAUCAACCCUUGGGUGUGAAGAUUCUCACAGAGGCAAACGAAAAUUUAAUCAACUCGGAAGAGCAACCAGAAGAUUGUGAAGAAGCUGAAGACAAGCAACCCACCCCAUCUAACAGCCCUCAUCGUCAAUCUCUACCGCUCACCACACCUCGUUCGUUUUCCACUCGCACCUCAUUCGACACCCUUCCUAACGCAUUGGAAUCACCUUCACCUACUCAAUCGACUCUACCCACUCAACCCUCUUCUCCACCUCCUUCGACUCUGUUUCGAGUAUCACGUUCGACUAGUCAAACUAGUGAAUCACUUCACUCACCUUCUUCACUCUCAUCCACUGCUAAUUCAAUUCGUUCGACCGAACAUUCCUCUACACCCAACCUUCUUCGAACUACCCCUCCUACCAUCACCACUACCAAUCAUACCGAACCUAUCUUAUCUCAAUCUCAAUCUUCUUGUUCUUCAAGAUCUUCACUUAUCUUCAAAUCCGAAAAGACUAGAUUCGCUCAAUCACCCAAGAUGACGUCAGUGACUACUACGACUUCAAGCUUCAAAGCAAGACCACUUCCAGCCUCCAAUGCCCAACCUGAUUCUUCACCUAGGAUGUCAAAAGCUGCAAUGUUACGAUUAGGUUUACCUUGGACCCCACCCACUAGAUCUGUUUCACCAUCUGGUACACCCGAAAGUGAAACUCCAAGAGUCAUUCCAUCUGUAGCCUCAUUAAACCCUCCAACUGUAGCACCUAGAGCCACGAAAGCAUCAACUUUAAGAGCAGAUGGAAUCUUACCGGUUGAUUCUAAUCAACCAAGAGUAAAGAAAACCGAAAGUGAAAUCUUUGAAAACACACCAGGACAUAGUUUCAGAAGAAGAUCAUUAAUCAUCCCAUCUAUCGCAUCACCCAAGACAGUACCAAGAGCCAACAAAUCAUCUGCACUUCGAGCCGGUGAAUCAAUUAUGAGUAAUCCAAAGGAAAAAAGAGAAAAGGUGAAUGAGAAAGAAAUCUUUAAUGGUACACCGGGUCAUAAACGAAAUGAAAAGAUUGAAGUUAAAUCGAAUAGACCACCUGAAGUGGAAGUCAGACCGACUAGAAGUUCAACCCUUCGAGCUUUAUCUGAUUCGACUACUAGUUUGACUAAUCAAGUGAAUGGUUCGAAAAACGGAUUGAAGAAAAGUCAAAGAUCACAAGCGAUCGAUAAACGUACUUCAUUUGAAGGUGUACCAGGCCAUAAAAGAUCAAUCCCAAUCCCAGUAGCCGUCCUACAAAAACCACCCAGCACGUUACCAAGAAUGAAUUACGAGGGGUGA